AUAAUAUUCAUUCAAUAAUUAGUUUAUUAUUAUAGUAUUUUAUUUGUACUGAUCAAAUUAUAUAUAUCUAAGAAUAUACAAGUGUUUCUAAAAUAGCUUGCUAUUCCUAUAUACUUAUACUUAAUGAUGGCUCAAGCUGAAGAUACAGAACUCCGAGACUUAGUUAUAGAAGCCUUAGAAAAGAAUGGUUCACUUGCAAAAAUUCGCGCAUUAUUGAGAGCUAAUAUUUUUCUAGCAUUUGAAGAUGAAACAGAUAACAAUAAACAAAAUGUAAGUCUUGAUAAUAUUUUGAAACUACAAGAAGGCAUUCUUUCUCUGUCUCUUAUUCAUGAAUUUUUGGAAUUUUGUAACCUUAAAAAUACUUUGUUUGUAUACAAGUCUGAGACUCGCCAAGGUAAAGAAUAUAAUUACUGCGGGCAGAAAAUCUUAUUAGAUAAAUUAAACUUGACUAAAGAAGACUGUGCAAAAGAACCAGUACUCCUGUUAUUAUUAAAAAGUUUAUUAAAACAUCACAAAAUAAAUUUGGAAAACAAAGAUAACAAUAGUAUUACAAAUAAAGUAAACAAUGACACUACAUAUAGCAAUAACCGAAACUGUACUUACAUAGUUAAUGAAGACUCAUCUACUACUACUAGUAAUUCCCAGUCUGAUAAUUCUUUAGAUGAAAAAAAUAAAUUGCAUUUAAGGCUACAGUUGGAUAAUUCUGAUACUGAUACCUCUAGUGACUCUGCAAGAGACAAGACUAGCGCUGAAUAUAUUGUAAAUGAAAAUGUCAUUGAACCUAAUAAAUAUGGAGUGGAAUCUGUUAUAAAAAAUACCAAUGCAAAUUGUAAUAAUUCAAUAAGGCCAUCAUCUUAUUAUUUGAAUGAUUUAAAAAUUAACAACAACAGCAGCAGUGACUCAACUUCAUACAUAGACUUAAAACCAUAUAAUUCAAUUGAUGAGAAAAUGUUGAACACUACAGGAGUACCUAUGUUAGAUUACACUACCAAUAUAGAAAGUAGUUUAGAAAAUUCUGUACCAAAUCUACCCGAUAACAUAAUAGAACAUACUGAUAUUAAUAAAAAUGAAAGUAUUAAAAAAAUGGACAGUUUACCUUCUAUAUCUAUAAAUAGUGGAUCAUCUCCAUCCCUGAAAUAUGACUCUAGUAAAGGGUCGCAAAGUGAACAGAAUCAUGAAGAACUUGGCAAAUCAGAUGUUGAAACUGUAGAUUACAGUAAUGAUUUUUCAUCAUCAGCAAAUUCAAAACGGGAAUAUGGAAAACCAGCCCAGUCUCCGAAUAAUUCAGUUGAGGAAGAUGUCUCAGGAUUAAACAAAAAUGAUUCUUUAGAGAGUCAACUUCAAAAUUCCCACGAGUCUCGUAGUUCAAUUUCUAUAUCCGAUGUUGCAGAUUUAAUAAGUGAAAAAAGUUCCUCCUUUGGGUAUAAUAAAGAUAGUUCACAUAAACAAUCUGCAUCAAACAACAUUGUUAUAAAAUCUAACUCUAAUAAUGAUGAUGAUUCUGGUGAUUUCUCAGAAUCACCAGUCCCUUCACUCUCUAAUUUAAGUCUUGAUGUCCAUACUGAUUGAAAAUUAUAAUUAAAAAAUAUUUGGUAUUAAUAAUACUAAGUGAAUAUUGAAGUAAAGCAAUACAAUACUUAAAUACAAAUACAGUGCAUUAUUGUUGAAGUCAGUUUAAUUUUAAUCAUUAGUUAAAUUACAUUAAAAUUAGCAUUUUAAAUAUAUAUGCCUCAGUGAAAUCUAAUUUUAUAAAAAUAUAUACUUUAUUUUCAUAUUGUUCACUAUAUUACUACAAUUAAUAAUUAUGUGAUAUCAUGUGCAGUUAAGAUGUAGUCUUUGGCAAUGUUGCUAUAUUACAGAAACACUGUUGUAAAUAUAUUAAUUGUAGGUAACAAACAUAAUUUUACAGUAACUGCUACAUAAUAAUUAUAUUAAACUCUUGUGGUUGUCAAUUUAAGAGUUGUAUACCUAAUUAAUAUUUGCAAAUAAGCUAUGAUAUAGGACAUAUUUAGAAAGUACCUCUUAAUAAAACUAAAGAAAAAUAUUCAUGUGGAGUUGUGCACAAUUGUAUAAAACUCUUUAUAUGUAUUGUAAUUAAUAAUCCACAUACAUUACUGGUAUCUGAAUCUUUAAACUAUGCUUUGUGAAGUUUUUAUAAAAACAAUGUGCUAAUGCAUAUUAUUUGUCAGUAUAUAAUCUCAAUACAAAUGAUAUUUCUGUAAAUUUCAUCAUUUCCUUUUAAAAAUUUCUGAUAUUCACAUAUUAAAAAAUUAUAAUUUGCAUUUAAAUGUUCAUACUUAUAUGAAGUUGAUUUCCUUAAUUAUUUAGCUGGUUUAUUCCAGCUACACAAAUAUACAUUCUCACUACUUAUGUUUAGCUAUUAUAGUGAGAUAUCUUUGAACAUUAUCCUCUUUGUGACGUGUUUACUGAAAUAUUCUAUAUAUUUGAAAUAUUGCCGGCUUUAUCAAUGUUUUGAUAUAUCAUGGAUAUAACUAAGUGUAUUUCCUUAUAGUUUAGAUAAUUGUAAUUAUUUGCAGUAUUUUAGUUUAUUUUUUAAUUGUUAUAUAAUGUGAAAUAGAACAAUGUCAUGACUGAACAAUUUAAUGAUUUUAAUUACGAUAAAAUGUUUUGUUGAUGUAUUGAUGAUAGUAAUAUCAGACAGAUUUAUUAGUAUUGUCAAUGUUCAAUAAUAAUGCUUUGCAUGCGAUGCAUUAUAACAUUUUUCUAUAAUUAUAUCUGCAAUCAAGUAUACUUAAAUGGAAUUUUAUCACACAAUAUCAAUAUAUAAAAAUUUGCAGGAAAGGAUUGUAAUAUAUACUGGUAUAUUUAAUAAUCUACAUCUUUAUAUAUAUAUAUUAUAAAUUAAUUAUAGCUACAAUGCUUUUCAAUGUCCAACAACGGAUCACAAAAACUAUUAUCUUAUUAAAAAUGGAUUAGUAGUUUCUUUUUUAAAUUGUUGUGCCUUAUUUGUAAUGGUAACGCAAAAUUGUUACGGAAUGGUUCCUUUUAGUAUUUCAAUAUAUGAAUAAUAUAUCAAUUCUAGUCCUAAAUACAACUAGUUCCGUCCAAAUUGCUCCAUAAUCUUGUCUAUUUCUGAUGUAGAACUGGUGUUGUGCAACUGUAUGUGCAUAUUAAACUUAAUAAAA